GUGUGUGUGUGGUGGGGGUGAUUGCGUAAACGCAUGUCAGCCAGACAGAGCAUCCUCAGUCCAGCAGGGACAGCUGGGGGUCUCCACUCGCCUUUUAAGAGCCCUGCGAGUCCGAGGACGCCCACUUCUUUAAACCCACAGCGGUGCGUAAAGGCUGCGCGUAAAACUCCGCGGACACAGACGAAUCUCAACGACCUUAAAACCUUCCUGUUUUGUGUCCUGCUUCAGGUUCUGGGAGACGUGAAAGACCAAACGGAGACGCGAGAGGAUUAGAACACUCUUUUGCACCCUAUUUUUUUUUCUUAUUUCUUCUCAUUGGUGCCCCUCGUCCGGCCGCCAGCAUGAUGUCCUAUUUGAAGCAGCCGCCGUACACGGUGAACGGACUGAGUUUAUCCUCAGGAGUGGAUCUGCUGCAUCCUUCAGUGGGAUACCAAGGAACCCCUCGCAAACAGAGGAGAGAGAGGACGACCUUCACCCGGGCCCAGCUCGACCUGCUGGAGAGUCUGUUUAACAAGACUCGGUACCCGGACAUCUUCAUGAGAGAGGAGAUGGCCUUAAAGAUCAACCUGCCAGAGUCCCGAGUGCAGGUAUGGUUCAAAAAUCGACGAGCUAAACAUCGCCAACAGGCCCAGCAAACCCAAGGUGGAGUGCAGAACAAGGCAGUCAGCAAGCCGGUGAAAAAGAAGAGCUCUCCGGUCAGAGAGGCCAGCUCAGAGAGCGGAGCCAGCGGGCAGUUCACGCCGCCCUCGACCACCUCCCUCCCGGCUGUGAGCAGCAGCAGCAGCAGCGCGGCACCACCGGUAUCUAUCUGGAGCCCGGCCUCCAUCUCCCCGCUGUCCGACCCGCUGUCUACCUCCUCCUCGUCCUGCAUGCAGCGCUCCUAUCCCAUGGCCUACACCCAGGCCACGGGCUACAACCAGGGCUACACGGGCUCCUCGUCCUACUUCACCGGGAUGGACUGCGGCUCCUACCUUUCGCCUAUGCACCACCAGCUACCCGUCGCGGGCUCCACCAUGAGUCCCAUGGGCAGCAACGGGGUGUCCAGCCACCUGAGCAACGCGUCUUCCCUGUCCUCGUCGGCGUACGGCGCGGCGGGGCUGGGCUUCAGCGGCGCCGCAGACUGCCUGGACUAUAAGGACCAAACAGGCUCCUCAUGGAAGCUCAAUUUCAACGCGGACUGUUUGGAUUACAAAGACCAAGCAGCGUGGAAAUUCCAAGUAUUGUGAGAGGAGAGAAUUCAAAGGGACAAUAUUCACAAACUGCAGACUAUACAGGCAAAUUAUAAACCCAAGCUUGGGAGCAGAAAGUGCGGCGUGUUUCCACCACCACCACAGGCCCCAACUUCUACCUCGGGCAGAGCAGAACGGGAGUGCCGGCCGGUUGUCUCACAUGUUGGGUUAAUUUAUUGAACAUUCAGACUUAUUUCUCCCCAACUUUGAUCAAGGACAUGGAACAAAUGUGUUGACCAAAAGGAAGAAAAAAAAAGGAUCAAAAGAGCGAAAGAUCCAAGCCUAAGUUGGUUGAGUUUGAGGAAUAGUACCGUUUUUUUUAAGCUCCUUAAAGACUCCCCUCUCUUGUCUUUUCUUUUUAUUUUGUUGGCACGCUGAAGGGCCCCUUUGAUCAAAGCGUUGUGUGUGUGUGUGUGUGUUGUAGAGAGUGAGUGUGUGAGAGAGAGAGGCUCUGACAUGAACCUGGAUGCACUAUUAAUUUAUAAGAAAUGUUUAAAACUAGUUUUAAGAGACAAUCAAUCCGUUUGCGUGUGCUCAUAAAUGUCCCUUAUGUGUUUUUGAAUUAUUUCCCCCCAUGUGUUAGAUUUCUUUAAAAAAAAAAAAAAAAAUGUGAUUCUUUGUACUACCCUGUAUGCAGUUUUGCUUUGCGCCAUAAAUGCGCCACAAACCCAGCUGUGAAUUUGAUAGAUUUAUUUCCAUGUCUCGAGUGUUAAAUGAUAAAUUAUUAUUAGGACAUAUUAGGUGAAUUAAAUAGGGACUGCAGAGUCAAUCAAGCCAGCAGCCAGCAAGGUCCACUUGAGCUGUAAAGUGAUGCGAGAAGGCCACAAACACACUAAACAACAAUAAAGACCACUUGACCUGACCCAA